AUGGUUAGAUCCCCGUGUUGCGAGAGGAUGGGGUUGAAGAAAGGCCCAUGGACACACGAAGAAGAUCAGAUCCUCAUCGACUACAUUAAAAAGUAUGGUCAUGACAACUGGCGCGCUCUCCCUAAACUAGCUGGUUUGUUAAGAUGCGGGAAAAGUUGCAGGCUUAGAUGGACUAAUUAUCUCAAUCCAGAUAUUAAAAGGGGUAACUUUACUAGAGAAGAAGAACAAACCAUCAUACAAUUGCAUGAAGCCAUAGGAAAUAGAUGGUCAGCAAUUGCAGCACAAUUACCGGGACGUACAGAUAACGAGAUUAAAAAUGUUUGGCACACUCACUUAAAGAAGAGAGUGCAUGAGGCUGAGAACCGAUGUCAGGCCUCAAAUUUUCAGCAACAAAAGAUCAAAUUAGAAGAGUACAUUGAGUUAUCACCGACGUCCUCCUCUAUAAAAUCAUCAGAUAUUAAUUCUGAUAAUGUUCAUGACCAGACUAGUGACAGUCAACUCAAUUCUCCUAAACACUCUUACUGUGAGAUUUCUUCGGUUAUCACCAUGGAUAAAGGUGACAUGCAAGUUUUGGGAAGUUUACAAGAAAUGGAUAAUGACUUCUGGUCAGAGAUUUUCUCAGGUGAAAACUCCGGUGAGUUAACGGUGAUGGAAGCAGGUUACAAAUACACGUCAAGCAUGAAUGAUGACAUGCAGUUUUGGUUCAAUGUAUUUACGAGAGGAGAGGAGUUAUUAGAAUUCUAA